CCAUCGACGGCGAGAAAUUCAGGGGCCGAUCUCUCUCUCUCUUCCUCGGAGAGCUUCGGAUCGGCGAUUUGCCCAGCGGGGAAACCAUCCACUCCGUCGUGUCUUAUCCCUGCCAUGGAAUCUCAUCACGCAACCCUAGGUCGACGGACCGUACGGAUAUCAUCGUCUCUAUUUGGAGGAAAUUCGGCAAAAGAGAGCAGCAGAAAGAUUAGUCAAAGCAGCCUCUGGCCCAGAUCUAAGCCAAGUUUUAAACCCUAACGAUAAUAUGGGGAUUAAGCAAUCAGACAGCAGCAAUCGACUCUCCGAGAAUGAUGUUAGUGAUUUGGUAUCACAGCUAAAAGGCCUGCACAAGAGGAAUGCAGAAUUGGAAGAGGACAAUAAGAAAUUAAAUUCGAGGCUUCAGGCAAAGGAGGUUGAGAACGAUGUGCUUCAGAAGCGUCUGAAUGAUCUGGAACAAAACGGUAUACCAUCUUUGAGAAAAGCUCUCAAGGAUGUUGCCAUAGAAAAAGAUGCAGCAGUUGUUGCACGGGAGGAUCUGUCAGCCCAACUUCGCACAGUGAAGAGACGGUUAAAGGAAGCAGAAGAAGAGCAAUAUAGAGCUGAGGAAGAUGCAGCAGCCUUAAGGGCAGAAUUAAACUCAAUUCAACAACAAGCAAUGAUGGGCACACUAGGCAGCAUUACCUCAAUGGGAAAUUCACCAGAUCAUAUACAAGCUUUGGAAAGGGAGUUAGCUAGUUUAAAAUCUCAGUUACAGCAAGAAUCCCUAUUGAGGCAUCAGGAGCAACAACGAUUGGCAGAGGAACAAGCUCAGAAUUCUACGCUCAUGUCUGAAAAGCAGGGUUUAGAAGAGAAAAUUGCAGCUAUAACGAAAAAGACUUCAGACGCAGCAUCUGAAAAAGCAGCUCGGGAGACAUUUUCAUUGGAAGAUAAGGAGAAAUUGGAGAAGCAGUUGCAUGAUAUGGCUGUAGCGGUUGAGAGAUUGGAAAGUAGUAGACAAAAACUCCUUAUGGAGAUUGAUUCUCAGUCUUCAGUGAUAGAGAGUCUUUUUGAGGAAAAUUCCAAUCUUUCAUCUUCUUAUCAAGAUGCAAUGGGUGUAGUCGUGCACUGGGAGAAUCAGGUGAAAGACUGUCUAAAGCAAAAUGAAGAGCUCCGAGGGAUGUUAAAUAAGUUGAGAGCUGAACAGACUAGUUUAUUGCCUAAUAAUGAGAUUCCAUUCAGCUUAUCAGAAGGCAAUAAAGAUGGGGGAAACAACACUGGUCCCCAGACAUAUACAACUGAAAUUCUCUUCCUCAAGGGUCAACUUGCAAAAGAACAGAGCAGAGUAGAGGCACUAUCAGCAGAGGUGAUGCAGCUUGGUGCACAGCUUCAACAAGCUACACACGCAUACAAUGGUCUAGCACGCCUCUAUAAACCAGUGCUCCAGAACAUCGAGAGGAGUCUCAUCAAGAUGAAGCAAGAUGGCCCAGUUACCGUGCAGUGAACAUCAAAGAACUGUUCUUGGGGAUCUUUCAUACAACAUUUGUGACACCCUCAUGCGUAAAGGGUCUUGGAUAUGGGUCAGGCAUCAGCAUAGGAAAAACAAUUGGUUAGCUUUUAUAGUAGGUGGUAUAAAUCAGGGGUUGAAUCCCUAUACACCUUCAUGCCAUCAUUUUUUCUCCUGAUCUAUGAUUCAUACCCCUCUGCACAUUUUGUUAGUAUAUGUCUUUCCCAUUUGUAAGUGGAUGCUGCCGUCUUAUCAACAGUAUUGAAAUCAUAUGGAUGAAAUAUCUGGAUAAAUAUUAAUCUCUUAAUUUUUGCUGUGA